AUGGCUAUGUCUCUGCGAGUGGCCUCCCGAAUCGGCCGCAGGCAAUUUCUGAAUCAUCCCCGUACCAGUUCUUCCCUCCGUGCCUUCGCUACCACGGUACCCCGAAAGGAGACUCCAGAUGUCUUCCAUUCCAUGCGAGAGGGUGCCGGAGCCGACUUUCUCUCCACUUUUCAGCAGAAGGCCAAGAUCCCCCAGACUUUGACUGAGAAGAUCGUCCAGAAGCAUGCUGCGGGUGUUGCGGAGGGCAAAGUCCUCCGUUCGGGAGACUAUGUCACUCUACAGCCACAUAAGUGCAUGACACACGACAACACAUGGCCCGUUGCCCUGAAAUUCAUGUCCAUUGGCGCUACCAAGAUCAACGACACCAACCAGAUCGUCAUGACACUAGACCACGAUGUCCAGAACAAAACCGAGAAGAACUUGAAAAAGUACAGCCAGAUUGAAGAGUUUGCCAAGAAGCAGGGUGUAGUGUUCUACCCAGCUGGACGAGGCAUUGGACAUCAGAUUAUGGUCGAGGAGGGAUAUGCUUGGCCUGGUACCUUGGCCGUAGCAUCGGACAGUCACUCGAACAUGUAUGGAGGCAUUGGAUGCUUGGGAACACCUGUGGUUCGAACAGAUGCUGCAAGUAUCUGGGCAACGGGCAGGACUUGGUGGCAAAUCCCUCCGGUAGCCAAGGUCAACUUGGUCGGUACAAUGCCCGAGGGCGUCACUGGCAAAGACGUCAUUGUUGCUCUUGCCGGUCUGUUCAACAAGGAUGAUGUCCUCAAUCAUGCCAUUGAGUUCACUGGAAGCGACGAGACUCUCCGAACCAUCCCUGUGGACGACCGUCUGACCAUUGCAAACAUGACUACCGAAUGGGGUGCGCUCAGCGGUCUUUUCCCGAUCGACGCAGUUCUCCAUGGUUGGCUGAGGUCGAAGGCUACCGAGGCCGCUAUCUACGGUGCCACCGACUACAAGGACCACCACGCUCAGCAAUUCGUUCACGAGCGCAUCGACAAGCUCUUCUCCGCCACCGGUAUUGUGGGAGAGAAGACUGGACACAUCUUCCAGCCUGCACUUGCUGCCGAUAAGGGGGCUGUCUACGCCAAAGAGCUUUUCCUCGAUCUCUCUACAUUGUCUCCCUACGUCGCCGGACCCAACUCGGUCAAGGUUGCCACUCCUUUGAAGGAGCUCCAAGACCAGGCCAUCAAGGUUGACAAGGCUUACCUCGUUUCCUGCACCAACUCUCGUCGCUCUGAUAUUGCUGCCGCCGCAAAGGUGUUCAAAGACGCUGCUGCUGCCAAUGGCGGUAAGAUCCCCAAACUCCCGGACCACGUGAACUUCUACAUCGCAGCUGCAUCGAUACCCGAACAGCGUGCAGCUGAGGAACAGGGCGAUUGGCAAGUUCUCCUCGAAGCCGGUGCACAGGCUCUUCCCUCCGGGUGCGGCCCUUGCAUUGGACUCGGCACCGGCCUUCUCGAGCCCGGCGAGGUUGGAAUCAGUGCCAGCAACCGUAACUUCAAGGGUCGCAUGGGCUCACCAGACGCAAAGGCCUAUCUCGCUAGCCCGGAAGUUGUCGCCGCCAGCGCCUUGUCGGGAAUUAUCUCUGGCCCUGGCUGGUACGAAGCACCAGAGGGCUACGCUGGUGUCCGCCGAGGCGAGGGUGACGGUAUCAUUGAGGAGGAGCGUAUGAUGACCAUCGAGGAUAUGCUUGAGAAGGCAAUUAAGCAGGCCGAAGGCAUGAUCGAGUCGGUCGAGAAUGCCGCCACGGAGAAUCAAUCCAUCAACCCAACCCCCGCUGCGGAAUCGGAGUCGGAAUCCCUGACUGAGAUUCUACCCGGUUUCCCUGAGAGCAUUCGUGGAGAGAUUGUGUUCUGCGAUGCUGACAACAUCAACACGGAUGGCAUCUACCCAGGAAAAUACACCUACCAAGACGACGUGACGCGCGAGAAGAUGGCCGAAGUGUGUAUGGAGAACUACGAUCCCUCAUUCGGUUCCAUCGCUAAGGCAGGCGAUAUUCUCGUGUCUGGUUUCAACUUUGGCACCGGUAGCAGUCGUGAACAGGCCGCAACCGCCAUCCUGGCCAAGGGCAUCCCGCUCGUUGUUGCAGGGAGCUUCGGCAACAUCUUCAGCAGGAACAGCAUCAACAAUGCCCUUAUGGGCGUCGAAGUGCCUAAGCUGGCGAACCGCCUCCGAGAGGUUUUCUCAUCCACUGCACCUCCAUCCUCACAGCAGGCCAUGAAGGAGCCUUCCCAAAACAGCGAGUCGCUCGACUCUCCUCCUCCAGGCGCAGUUGCUCAACCCGCCGAGGCCAAGCAGCUCACCAGGAGAACCGGAUGGACCUUGGAAUGGGAUGUCCGUAGGAGCAAGGUCACCGUCCAAGAAGGCCCCAACGGCGCACAAUGGAGCAUCAAGGUCGGCGAGCUCCCACCCAACGUUCAAGAGAUCAUCGCGCUCGGAGGUUUGGAGAGCUGGGUGAAGAAGGAAAUCGGUGGCACGGGCGGUCCCCUAAUAAUCCUCGGAACCUCUGCCCUGGGCGGGGCUGCGUACCGCUACACGCGCCCGUCUAAUUCCUCCGAAUCGUCGUUGAACCCUCACACAUUUACUCCCGCGAUAUUCACACUACGAAACCAGACCGCGUCGAAGCGAAGUGUAUGGAGUGUACAGAUAAAGCAGCCGCAACUACAAAUCGCGAGAGCUUAUACACCACUACCUAAGACUCGUUCCCCAUCACACAAAGCCGACGAUGAAGGGGCCGCGGAUUUGAGAUUGUUGAUUAGACAGGAGCAGGGCGGGGAGGUGUCAACAUAUCUGCAUAGACUACCUGAAGAUGCGACAAUUGAGCUGCGGGGUCCCAAUACGGAGUCUGGAGGAACUGGAAUUGCGCCUGCGAUGCAAGUCGCGGACGCAUUAGGAAGGAGAACCGGAAGCAAGAUGCAUAUUCUCUGGGCGAACAGGCGGAGAGAAGAAUGUCUGGGUGGAAUCAGUGACGAGGAGACGGUCCCGCAAAGCAGAGCAGCUGAGAAAGGCGUCAUCGUUCAGGAACUUGAGGCGCUGAAAGAGCGAAGUGCGGCGCAGACAAGGGGCCUUAGCGUGCAGUACUAUGUUGACGAGGAGAAGAAAUUCAUCAAGCCUGGUGAUGUCAUUGCGAAAGUAAUCCUCAAGGUCUGGGAGGCAGGUAGAGAGACGCAGGGCCCGCUAGGAGGCGUGCUCCAGCAGAUGGACCUCCAAGACUGGAAACGCAUCUGUACUCACUGUAACAAUAGGCCUAGCAUCAUCGGCAAUACCCUAUUAUCAUCGGGCGCACUUCUCCUCUUCUUCGGCAGCAUCGCAGAUCUCUUCGGUCGCAAAUCCAUGUUCAUUGGUUCUAUGUUUCUCUUCAGCGUCUUCUGCCUCGCCGCCGGGUUCUCCAAAACCGGAAUCACUCUGGACAUCAUGAACGGCAUUCUCGGAAUCUUUGCUGCAGCUGCUGUGCCUCCCGCCCAGGGAAUGCUAGGCGUCAUCUACGAGAUGCCUUCGCAGCGCAAGAACAAGGCCUUCGCCGCCUUCUCUGCCGGUAAUCCUUUGGGAUUUGUCUGCGGAACAAUCUUCUCCGGAAUCGCGACGCAAAUCUUCAGCUGGAGGGCCUCGUUGUGGUUGCUAGCGAUUGUGUACAUUGUUGUGACAAUCAUUGCCUGGUUCACCGUGCCCAACGAUGAGACGGUGAAGAUGAAGUUUACCUCGGAGACUAUCAAGAGGUUGGACCUGCCAGGAACGGCCAUGACGAUUGCUGGAAUUGGAAUGUUCUGUGCUGCUCUGAGUCUUGGAGGUGAUGCCAAAGAUGGAUGGAAAACGUCUUAUGUUAUUGCCCUACUCGUUGUCGGUAUCGUCAUCAUGAUCGCUUUCGUCAUUUGGGAGAUGAAGUAUCCUUACGCCUUGAUUGACAUGAAGAUCUGGAAAGAUCGUGAUUUCUCUCUCUUGCUCGCAAGCAUGAGUUGCGGCUUCAUCGGCUUCCCCGUAUUUUCCUUCUGGCUUGCGCUCUACUUCCAAGAGAUCCUAGGCUGGGGUGCGCUCAAAACCGGCGUCCACUUGCUCCCCAUGGUCAUUAUGGGCCUCUCCGCAAAUGUCGUCUGCGCCCUCGUCCUCCACCGCAUCUCCAACAAACUCCUCAUGGGCAUCGGCGGCUUCGCCUACGUCAUCUCCUUCGUCCUCGCCGCCGUCCAGCGCCAGGGCGAUUCAUACUGGUCGUUCUCAUUCCCGGCCCUCCUCUUCUGCGUCAUCGGCGCCGACUUCCAAUUCAACGUCGCCAAUAUGUACGUCCUGUCCUCGAUGCCACCAAACCGCCAAUCGAUCGCCGGAUCGCUCUUCCAGACCUUGACGAGACUCUGCACGGCCAUCGGAUACGGUAUCGCGACGGCGAUUUUCAACGGCGUGGAGAAGAGCCCUGCGACGAGUGGGUACUAUGCUAAUGAUCAUUUCGAGCCGUUCGCGGCGACGUUUUGGUUCGCGGUGGGGCCGGCGGUUAUUGGGUGUUUGUUUGUGCCGUGGAUGAGCAUUGGGACGCAGGGACAUGUCGGGGAUAAGGGAAGGUCUGCUGGUAGCGGUGAAGAGAGCGGAAGGUCUUCAACCGAGGCCGGUGGUGUGCAGGUUGCGAGAGAGGAGGUUCGUCCCGCGGGGGAUGUCGAGAAGAGUGCUGUUUGA